AAAUUACGGAACGAAAAUGUCUAGACAAAUUAAAUUUAGAAAGCAUUGAGUAAAAUGCAGACUAUAUUUGAUUGUGGAUAUCUUUGUAAACAGCUGUUGAAAAGGAUGAUCCAACUGCUGAUUCUAGUGAUGUUACCACCAUCAACAUUGAGUUUAAUCCAACAGUCGAUGGUGAAUUUCCCUUGCCUCAACGUGACCGUACCAUAUCCCUGCAACCUGCAAGUCAUUUACCCUUAUCCAAUCGGCAGAACAACAUGCGAUGGACAAUACAGAAGGGGAGGAUAUGGAAGUAGUGCUUUUGACAAUCAUCCUACGCUGAAAGCUGCAGUCACUAAACAACCUCUGAAAGCUUUGGUUGUCAUUUAUGAUCGAGAAGUUGAGAUGUACCACGCGUUAUACUUGGCUACGGUCAACAAGCAAUGUGAUGUGGUGCCCAUUGAACAAUCAAGGUAUGUGCCACCAACUCCGCCAGGUGGAACACAUCAUUACGUGUUUUUUCUUUUUGACGCUGGAAAUCUGGACUUGCUAGAUGGAUCUGAAGAUUCGUUAAGGAUGUGUGUAUUGGUCGCUAGGUUAGGUUUGCGGGACCCAAUCGCUGUCACCCAGCUACGAAUUUCAAACAACGAUGGUCAGGCCGAUGCUGUGCCAAGGACAACGGGUAAACCGUUGAUGUGCCCGCUGUCUCCACCACCAGCACCUCAGCCUGGAUCUGGCAACAGCUGCAAAACUAUAGUUGGACUUUACAUUAUCUUUUUACUUCUAUGUCUGACCUAG